AUGAAAGAUAUUCUGUCCAAUAAGCGAAGACUUAGAGAAUUUGAGACGGCAGCUUUGACGAAGGAAUGCAGUGCAUAUCUUCAAGACAAAUUACCCCCUAAGCUGAAGGAUCCUGGGUGUUUUACCAUUCCAUGCAACAUUGGAGCAGUUUAUUGUGGUAAGGCACGAUGUGACUUCGGCGCAAGUAUCAACUUGAUGCCUAUAUCGAUAUUUAAGAAGUUGGGGAUAGGUGAAGUUCGACCUACUAUGGUUACACUUCAGCUAGCAGAUCGAUCCUUAGCACAUCCAGAAAGAAAAAUCGAGAACAUAUUCGUACGCGUAGAUAAGUUUAUCUUUCUUACUGAUUUUGUAAUUUUAGACUUUGAAGCAGACAAAGAAGUACCAAUUAUCCUGGGGAGACCAUUCUUAGCAACCGGAAGGACACUUAUUGAUGUGCAAAAGGGCGAACUAACUAUGCGCGUUCAGGACGAUCAAGUAACAUUUAACGUUUUCAAGUCAAUGCGAUUUCCUGACGCAAUAGAUGAUUGUUCUGCAGUAUCCAACUCAGAGGAUUUAAUAGUGGAGAAAGAACUUAACUCUGUUGAGGAUCCUCUGGAAAGAAUUUUGACAUCAGACCCUCCAAGUGAUGAAAAGGUGGAUGGAAACUUAGCUUUACUAGAAGCUAAUCAAAAAGGAUUUAAUCCACAAUCCCGUUUCGAAUCUUUAGAUUUAGAGGAAAGAGAUUACACACAGCCAAAAGCGUCAAUUGAGGAGCCACGUAAACUAGAACUCAAUGUAUUACCUUCUCAUUUAAAAUAUGUUUAUUUAGGUGACGCUUCUACUCUACCUGUGAUUGUUUCAGUCAUCCUGGAAGAUGGUGAAAAAGGGAUGAUCGAUGAACAACGAAGGCUAAACCCCAUCAUGAAGGACGUAGUGAAAAAAGAGAUUAUCAAGUGGUUAGAUGCGGGUAUCAUUUACCCCAUUUCAGACAGUUCAUAG